AUGGCGCUCCAUAUUCCUUUUCUCUCGCGCCUGCACAUCCGCGAGUACAUUGCUUUGUUUCUGUCCAUCAUCCUCGUCGUGCUCGAGUCCUUCAUCGCCGUCAUCACCCUCGCCCUCCCCACGCCCAUCAUCAACCUCUGCUACCUCGUCACGCGCCGCAUCUUCAACUCGCUCUCGUCGGCCUCGGCGGCCCACGCGCGUGCCGGCAAAAAGAGCGUCUGGAGCCCCGUGGCGAGCGCCUCCGACUUUUCCGAGCUAUGCGACAUCUACGGCUACACGUGUGAGGAGCACAUUGUCCAGACGGGCGACGGAUACCUGCUGGGCCUGCACCGCCUGGGCUGGAAGAAGGGCGAGGAAAAAGUGCGCGUCAACUGCGGCGACCCGGCCAAGGGCGUGCGCAAGAAGGUCGUCUACCUGCACCACGGGCUCAUGAUGAACAGCGAGGUCUGGGUCUGUAUGACGGACAAGCAGCGCUGUCUGCCCUUUGAGCUGGUCGAGCGUGGCUACGACGUCUGGCUUGGCAACAACCGCGGCAACAAGUACUCCAAGAAGAGCAUCCACGCCCCUCCCACGUCGAGCCGCUUCUGGAACUUUAGCAUGGACCAAUUCGCCUUCCACGACAUCCCUGAUUCCAUCGGCUACAUCCUCGAGACCACGCACCAGCCGUCGCUGUCGUACAUUGGCUUCUCCCAGGGAACGGCCCAGGCCUUUGCCACGCUGUCCAUCCACCCCACGCUCAACGACAAGGUCGAUGUCUUCAUUGCGCUGGCUCCCGCCAUGUCGCCCAAGGGUGUUGCUUCCGGCGUUGUCGAUGCAUUCGUAAAGGCCUCUCCGGACAUUCUCUACCUCGCCUUUGGCCGCAAAUCCAUUCUGCCCUCUACCACCAUGUGGCAGUCCAUCUUGUAUCCGCCCAUCUUCGUUCGCCUCAUCGACAAGGCCAUGUGUUUCCUGUUUGGAUGGAGGGGCAUCAACAUCUCGCAGGAGCAAAAGCUCGCGGCUUAUCCCCAUCUCUAUUCUUACACUUCGACCAAGAGCGUAGUCCACUGGUUUCAGAUCAUCCGCAACGGCACGUUUCAAAUGUACGAUGACGACGCGCCGAAUCCCAUCACUUCAAACCGGUCCAAGUAUUACAAGGUCGCCAAGUUUCCCACCAAGAAUAUCAAGACGCCCAUUGUACUCGUCUAUGGCGGGUCAGACAGCCUGGUCGACAUCGAUGUCAUGUUGAAAGAGCUCCCCCCGCACACAACGGCCAAAGAGAUUCCGCACUACGAGCAUUUGGACUUUUUGUGGGCAGAUACCACCGACACUCUCGUCUUCCCCCAUGUCUUUGAGGCCUUGGAAAAGUAUGCCGUCAUGGAAAGUGGAACGCCCAAUGGUCUCAAAGAGCGCCGCUGGCGGCCGCCAGUCAACUAUAGGGGCCACCUGCCAGAGACCGAUACACCGCCCGUGCAAGAAGGAUACGACGAUGUAGCCCGGAGGUCAAGCUUCGGUAGCCUCCAGAGCACCAAGAGCGUGGCAGGCAAGGUCGGAGCCAAAGGCAUCACCGUUGGCGCCGGCAAGGCAGUGAGCGGCGUUACAACAGGUGAGGGCUAUGGUGAAGGACACAACACCGCCAAGGACCGUCAGAAAUUACUCGAGGCUGAUAAGAAGCGCAGGAACGUUUUAAAGAAGAAGCCACCGGUUAAUAGCUGA